AUUUUUAUAUAUAAAGUGGUGGUGGGGCUUACACCAUAAUAUGCUUUUCGGGUCAUAUGGUCAUGAUGCUCUUUGAACCGUAAUAAUCAAACGAGAGGGACAUCACCCCUAACCCAAUUUAUUAACAAACUUGUAAGAAAAUGAAAACUGAAAAACAAAAAAGAAGCUGAUGAUGACAAGUCACACUUUAUUACAGUGAUAUUUUUAGAUUUUGAUUCUGAGAGAGAAACUGAGAAAGUUGAAAGGGAAAAGAGUAGAAGAAAUUAAUGGCAGCAUGGAAUUCAGCUCCUUGGGAAAUAACAUACCAAGUUAUGGGUUGGAUUGCUUUUCUUUCUUGGACUACGGCUGGCUACCCACAAAUUAUCUUGAAUUUUCUUAGAAAAAGCUUAAUCCAAGUCUCUAUGGUAGUCAUGUCAUCAAAUAUACUCCUCAGGCAAGAUUCUUGGGUGAACUUCUCUGGAAAUGUAUUGAAUAAGCUACUUUUAUCCUUGAUUAACCCUUCUAAAACCAGCAAACAAAAAGAACCACUUAUUAAGUCUGUUGAUCAAUCUGAGCUAGAAAAUGUGUAAUUAUUAAUUACCAAAUAUAGUAACCCAUAUAUUGGGUAUAUAUAAC